AUGAAAGUCCUACUCACAGGAGGAACAGGAUUUAUUGCCACUCAUGUGCUAGAUCAGCUCCUCCAGCAUGGGCACCGCGUUGUCACGACCGUCCGAAGUGUUGAAAAGGGACGUAUCCUUUUAGACCUCUUCAAAGGCAGACCGGUGUCAUAUUCGGUUGUCGGAGACAUCGCCAUUGAAGGAGCGUUCGACGCGGCGGUCAAGUCAGAUCCGCCUUUUGACGCCGUGAUACACACUGCCAGUCCUUUCCACUACAAUGUCACGGACAACAAGAAAGACAUGAUUGACCCUGCGGUGCUUGGAACCACCGGCAUUCUCAAAGCCGUCAAGUCGUUCGCACCUUCGGUCAAGCGAGUGGUCAUCACGUCAUCCCUGGCCGCCAUGAACAACACGAAGCACCCACCAAAGGUGUAUAACGAAGAGAUCUGGAACGAAAUGACGAUGGAGGAAGCGCUGACCACGACCGAUGCGCAAGCGGCGUACCGAGCGAGCAAGACUUUUGCGGAGAAGGCGGCGUGGGAAUUUGUGCAAACGCAGAGCCCGAAUUUCUCUUUGACCGUCCUCAAUCCGCCCAUGGUUUAUGGUCCGAUCCUUCAUCACAUUGUAUCGCUGGAUGAGCUGAACACUUCGAGCAAACGCAUCCUCAACCUCAUACAUGGUAAGCCCCGCAGUGGUCCAGUGGGAUCCCCGGUUUAUGUGGAUGUGCGUGAUUUGGCCUUGGGCCAUGUCCUGGCGAUAGAAAAGCCUGAAGCUGCUGGACAGAGACUCUUCCUCACCGCUGGCAUGGCGACCGAGAAGCAGAUGGGCGACAUCAUUCGAAACACCUUUCCCGAUAUUGCGGGCAACUUGCGGGAUGACCUCGUAGCUGAUCUCCCGCCUUACGGUAUUGACAAUAGCAAGUCGAUCAGGCUUCUGGGUAUUAAGUAUCGCAGCAUGGUUGAGACGAUUGUCGAUACGGUAAAGUCGUUACAGAAGCUCGGCGCCUAG